AGGAGUGAGCGGGCCCUGCUCAGGUAGGUGUAGCCUGCGCUCUGGGUUUUAAAUAUUGGCGAAUUCCGAUUAUAUAUACGCAACCGUUUAUGAAAUUUUUUAAUCAUGAGCAAAAGAAAAUCUAAGGACAACAGCUUUUCUCUGAGUGAAUGCAUUGCUAAGGUUCACUUGAUAUUAAGAGCACGAUUCUGCCACCAUCUCCCUGGUAAACUGUUUGGAGUAGAAGCUCAGUACAAAAAUUUGAUGGAUCUUCUAAAACAAACAGCGGUUUAUGGGGAGAGCAAUUCUGUCCUGAUUGUUGGUCCCCGGGGAGCAGGAAAAACUAUGCUGCUGAAGAGUGUUUUGAAGGAACUUAUGGAAAUGAAACAAGUUAAGGAGAAUCUUCUGCAAGUGCAUUUAAAUGGUUUAUUGCAAACAGAUGACAAGAUUGCACUGAAAGAAGUUACACGACAGCUCCAGCUUGAGAAUGUUGUUGGAGAUAAGGUUUUUGGGAGUUUUGCUGAAAAUCUUGCUUUUCUUCUUGAGGCUUUGAGAAAAGGAAACCGCAGCAGUAGCAGGCCAGUGCUUUUUAUCUUGGAUGAAUUUGACCUCUUUGCUCAUCACCGGAAUCAGACGUUGCUUUAUAACCUCCUCGACGUUGCUCAAUCAGCUCAGACACCUGUAGCUGUCGUGGGCCUGACUUGUCGAUUGGAUGUUCUGGAACUUCUAGAAAAGAGGGUGAAGUCCAGAUUUUCCCACAGGCAGAUUCACUUGCUGAACACAUUUGGCUUUGAACAAUAUGUGGAAAUCUUCCAGCAACAACUUUCUUUACCAGAAGAGUUUCCUGAUGGGAGAUUUGCACAACAAUGGAAUCAAAAUAUCCAGUCUCUGUGCAAAGAUAAGACUGUGAAAGAUAUUUUACAGAAGCACUUCAAUUCCAGUAAGGAUUUCCGCUCUCUGCAUCUGCUACUGAUGUUGGCACUUAGUCAGGUGACUGUCUCCAACCCAAAUAUUCGAUCAACAGACCUUUUAGCAGCCAGCAGACUGUGCACGACGGAUUCUAAAGCAAAUGUACUGCAUGGUCUGUCUGUGCUGGAAUUCUGCCUGAUUAUUGCCAUGAAGCACUUAAAUUCCAUUUACGAAGGAGAGCCUUUUAACUUUGAAAUGGUUUACAAUGAAUUCCAGAAGUUCAUUCAGAGGACUCACUCAAUGCAUAACCUUGAGAAACCAGUGGUCUUGAAGGCAUUUGAGCACUUGCACCAAUUGGAAUUAAUUAAAGCAAUGGAUGCCACAUCUACCCGAACACAGAAAGAGUACCAGCUGGUGAAACUACUACUGGAUAGCAGUCAGAUAAUGGAUGCACUGCAGAAGUAUCCACAGUGCCCUACAGAUGUCCAGCUUUGGGCAUCAUCAUCUCUAGAGUAAACCACUGGAAAUCAGAACUCAAUCAACUGAAGGAAUUUAUAUUUUGGAGAAAUUGAAAUAUUUUUCUAUCAAUAGUUACAAGUAAUUUUUGAAACUAGCUGAAAAUUGUAGGAAACAAAAUUCCAGGUUUUACGACCUCUAUGCAUUAUAUAAUAUUUCACCUGUUUUGAAAAUUUGCAGGAGGGAGAACAGUACUUUUUGCCACUGACACAUUGUGACACUUGCAUGUAAUAUUUUUAACAUGAUUUGUUUAUUUUUAAAUAAAAUGGAAAUGGCUUUUCCAUGAGAA